UGUUAGCCGGACACGAAAAGACUUUCUGUAUUUCUUAACUUUGACGUUUAUUUCGUUUCUCGGGUGUUCGUUUCAUCAGUCGUCAAUCGAUUAUCUUAGUGAAACUCGUGCCUGUGUAUCCAAAGGUUAUUUCCGUCUGUACUGCGUGACUCUUUCUGCAAAUCAUCGCUAUAAGGUGAGCACCUGAAGUAUAAUACUUAAUGCAUUUUCAUGAGUUCGUAGUUCAUAGAGACGCAAAUUCAUACGCAUUCAUGACCGUUCGUGAAGAAAGACAGCUAUCCACUUUGCGGCUUCAAUUCAUUACCGAUUCAGCAAUUGUGCAGUGACUUUCAAGUGACACUACGGAAAGAAACGCAUAGUCGUCGUUGAAAUGUAUAGUCACAAAUUACCUCUCAACAUAUCUACUACUUUCGAAUCAGUGUAUUACUAUAAUGGACGUCUACACGAUCGACGAAGUCGCCAGUCACAAUAACGCCGAGGAUCUAUGGAUCGUGAUACACGGUGGAGUCUAUAAUAUCACCAAGUUCCACAAGGAACAUCCUGGCGGCGAGGAAGUGCUGCUGAAAUUAGCGGGGCAAGAUGCGACAGAAUGUUUUGAGGCCGUCGGCCACAGUAAUGAGGCGAUUAUUUUGCGCGAGGGUUACAAAAUCGGAGAGAUACGAGCGAACGGCGUAAGCUCCGAUAAUAAAUCAAAAACGACGAACACAGAAAUAAAAGAAUCAGUGGAGGAGGAUUGGCAGUAUCAAGAAUCGGAUAAGGAACAAGCGUCGUCCUGGUCCUCGACAUUCAUUUGUUUCUCUUUCAUAAUUUAUGCUAUAAUAAUUUAUUAUUGGAUCAGAAAACUAGGAUUUACGAACACAAUUUAUUAAUUUUAGCUAAAAUGUGCAAAAUGCAAUGUUAUGCAUAAUCCAUU